AUGCAUAUAUACGUAUACAAAGGACAGCCAUGCGAGCAAGCAGGGUUUCGAAAAGGAUUCAGCACGAUUGACCACAUUCACACUGUUUCGAAACUCAUCGAGGUAUCACGAGAGUACAAGAUGCCGCUCUGUCUCACCUUCAUCGACUUGAAGAAGGCCUUCGACUCAGUUGAGACGGAAGCGGUCGUGGAAGCCUUGGACAACCAAGGCGUCCCUACUCAGUACAUAAAGGUACUUCGAGAGUUGUACAGUAACUUCACGACCGGAAUUUCGCCAUUCUACAAGAUCAUCAGCAUUGACGUGAAGAGGGGGGUCCGACAGGGUGAUACAAUUUCACCCAAAAUAUUCACAGCCACUCUCGAGAACGCAAUGCGAAAGUUGGAAUGGGACGACAUGGGAGUGAAGGUUGAUGGUCGGCAGCUACACCAUUUGCGCUUUGCUGAUGACAUCGUACUGAUAACACCUAGCAUCAGCCAAGCGGAACGAAUACUCAACGAAUUCGACGAAACAUGUGGAUGCAUCGGUCUUCAGCUGAAUCUGCAAAAGACGAUGUUCAUGCGGAACGGAUGGGUCUCGGAUGCCCCAUUCACGCUCAACGGAACGAACAUAUCCGAAUGCAUCAGCUACGUUUAUCUGGGUCGAGAACUGAACAUGAUGAACGACCUGACCCCCAGCUGGGCAGGAGGAGACGAGCGGCUUGGGGAGCGUACAAGAGCAUCGAGGAUGUAG